AUGUGUGCAGCCCUUUCACCUACACCACCUGAUUCAUCAACAAGUUCUUCGAUAUCCAAUUGUGAUCAUCAAACAAUUCAUGAGGAAAAUGGUUCAAUCGAGUCAACAGAUAAACUUCCUCAAACGACAUUUCUUCGUUCAUUUGAAACUGAAUUAGACAAAGUUGAUGAGUAUUUUCAAACGAAAGCACCUGAUGUUCGCCAAGCGGUUCUCACCAGUCUACAAGGAAUGUAUCAUCAAAACGAAUGGCCCGAUAAUCCACUAACAAUCAUUUGUCGUGAUUUGGAUAUUCAUGUUCCUACGUCUGAACAAUUAAGUGAAUUAAAGGCCACGCGCGAUGCGUUGAAAGCAGAAUAUGAUAGUUUACGUCAGUCAGUGAACACUUGA